GACUUGUUCCCCCUGUGAAGGCACAUUUCCUUCCUAGCCUUCGCUUCACUUAUCUGAGGUGGGUUUUUUUAAGAGAAGCAUGGCGAGUUGCUAGAGGGAAAAUGGAUUCUUUAUUUCACGUCCUGGUUUCUACCUGUCUUGCCUUGACAUUCUCAGAAGGGUUUCUGAUUAUCCAUGUCCAGAAACAGCAGUGUCUUUCAGAAAAGAGAGGAGUCAUUAUGGAGAAGUGCAAUAUGACCAACCUCAACCAGCAGUGGCAGUGGACGGCAGACGACAAGCUCCUCCACGUGAAAUCCACCCAGUGCCUGAGCAUCUCUACGCGCUCUGCCCUGUCAUCUCGCAGCAUCGUCGUUGAUUGUCCCCAGGCAGUCAGGUGGACUUGCCAGGAGGAGGAUGGGCUCCUGAAGGUGGCCAAUAGCUCUCUCUUUCUCACAAAGCAAGGUCAGAAGGUAAUGGCCAAGCAGAGUAAGAAAUACCUUCACACAUGGAUGCAGCUAGAAGCCAGCGAGACGGGAAAACCUGUUUAUGUAAAUCUGUGUUCAAAGCAAGGUCUCCAAGACACAGACACUUCCAUAUGGAGUACUAGAACUACAUUCCCCCCUUCAAACGCUGUUACCUCAAGGCCUGAAAAUAUGCUGAAGAGUAGCACAGAGAUGUUCAUCAGAAAUGUGACAGAACACUUCAGUAAAAAUCUCAUUGAAAGCCCCUACUUUGAUUUGAAAUCUUUAGGAACAGAAAAACCCUGGAUUCCAACAACUACUCUUCAAUACUCCAGCACUACAAAAGAGGCCGCGCCGGGGGAGGCUGCGGGAUGCAGCGCCAACCUGACGGAGCGGCGCGUCGCCGGGCAGAGCGUGCGGCUGCGCUGGGGCGCCGCCGGCAGCGCCUGCAACUUCAGCCUGAGCGGGCGCUCCGAGGACGGGGAGGCGGUCGGCUGCCAGCCCGCCCCCACGGGCAACGGCUCCUACGGCUGCAGCCUGCAGGGCCUGGAGGCCGGGACCUGGUACCACCUCCGCAUCGAGCCUCUCGCCGACGGGGAGGCUGUCAACAUCUCCGUGCAGACAGAUCCCUUGCCACCAGCUCGUUUUGAAAUUAAUAAGGAAAAAACUACCCUCACAAGCUUACAGGUUCAGUGGGAUCCUUCCUCAGGAAAGGCAGACUUGUAUAACCUAGUAUUAUUUGACCAUGAUAAUAGAAGGAUACAAGAAGUCUCCAUACCAGGAAGAAUUUCAAAAAUGGAGAACACUUUUUCCAAUCUCAUCCCUGGGAAUAAAUACAACAUUGUUCUCAGUGCAGUUGCUGGAAAUAAAAGUACCCCGGAACUUCACAUAAGUGGAUCUACUGUGCCAUCCCCUGUGAAAAAUAUUCAGGUCACUGUCAAGACAGACACUAUCCAUGCCUCAUGGUCUCCUGGUUCUGGGCACGUGGAUCGCUACAGGCUGGUGUUACUGGAUAAUCAUGUCCCAGUUCAUGAGAUUCACCAAGAAGGUCCUCUGAUCUCCUACACUUUUUCAGGCCUUACAGCGGGCCACCUGUACAACCUCUCUAUCAUAACCCAAGCUGCAGGAUUGGAGAGCAACAGUUUUCAAACUGUCAGGACAGCCCCAGCUGAAGUCUUAGAUUUGACGGUGACUAAUGAUGACAGCGUAGAUGCUUUGAAAGUUAAGUGGAGAAGACCUUCAGGAAACCUCAAUUUCUAUAAUAUCACUCUGUCUCAUCUUGGAUCAGUUAAAGAAGUCAAAACUCUACAGCCACCAGUCACAGAGACUCACUUUGACAAGCUGACUCCAGGACGUCUUUAUCAGGUUACUGCCCGCACAAUCAGUGGUGAACUGUUCACUGAUCGGAUGGCAACUGGCAGGACAUUUCCCCAGAAGGUGUCGGAGCUGAAGGCGGGUGGUGGUGGCUGGCUGAGGUCUCUGCGAGUGAGCUGGCUGCCCCCUGCGGGAGACUGGCAGAGGUACCGCCUGCUCCUCUGGAACCGCUCGGCCCUGGUGCUCAACGCCACCCUGGAGAAGGACACCACGGAGUACCUGGUCCACAACGUGGGGCUCAUCCCGGGGAGGCAGUACGGCGUGGAUGUCAUUGUGGAGAGCGGUGACUUGCAGAGCAAGUCCAGCUGCACGGGGAGAACAGCUCCAGAGCCUGUUCUCCAGCUCCGUGUGAAGCACGCUAAUGAAUCUUCUCUUAGUGUCAUGUGGAUGACCCCUGUUGCAGAGUGGGACAGCUAUGUGGUUUCACUGGGAGACAGGGAUCUUACUGUCAUAAAAAAAGGGCUUGCAAAAGAAGCUAAAGAAUUCACUUUCACUGACUUGGUACCUGGAAGAAAAUAUACAGCUACCAUCACUACCAUUAGUGGGAUUUUAAGCAACUGGACUUCAGUGGAAGGAAGAACAGUGCCAGCCCAAGUGACUGGUCUGACUGUGGCAAAUCAGGGGUCAACCAACAGCUUGUUCACAAACUGGACAAGAGCACUGGGAGAUGUAGACUCAUACCAAGUGCUACUGAUUCAUGAGAAUGUUGUCAUUAAAAAUGAGACCGUUCCGAGCGAAACCAACAGAUACCACUUCUCUCCCCUGAAACCUGGAGGACUCUAUUCAGUUGUUGUCACCACUGUCAGUGGGGGAAUGUCUUCAAGGCAAACGAUCGCAGAGGGUCGGACAGUUCCUUCAAGUGUGACUGGAGUAACAGUGAAUAACUCAGGUCGCAGCGACUACCUCAGUGUUUCUUGGCUGCCAGCUUCUGGAGAUGUAGACAGUUAUUUGGUAACACUCUCUCAUGAUGACCAGAUUGUUCAGACUCUCACCAUUUCCAAAUUCCUCAGUGAAUGCUCCUUCAGCAGCCUUACUCCUGGGACACUUUACAAUGUGAUGGUAACAACGAAGAGUGGAAAGUAUGAAAAUUAUUCCUUCAGCCAGGAACGAACAGUCCCUUCAAGUGUUCAGGGACUUACUGUCAGCAAUUCAGCCAGAAGUGACUACUUGAAGGUGUCCUGGUUACAUGCCUCUGGAUAUUUUGAUAAUUAUGAAGUGACCAUCAAGAACAACAAUGACUUCAUCCAAACAGAAAGUGUCCCAAAGGAUAAAAAUGAAUGUGUGUUCACUAAUCUGGUCCCAGGGAGGCAGUACAGUGUAACAGUCAGCACCAGGAGUGGGAAAUACGAAACUAGUGAAAGGGUCUAUGGCAGAACAAUGCCAGAGUCAGUGAAGGAGCUGACUCUCAGUAACAGGAGCACAGAAGAUCUGCAGGUAACUUGGUUGAAGGCUGAGGGGGAUGUUGAUAAAUAUGAGAUUCAGCUCCUCUUCAAUGAUAUGAAGAUCUUCCCACCCAUUUUCCUUGGGAACACCAUUGAGGAGUACUGGUUCAGAGCUCUGACUCCAGGACGUCUAUACAAAAUUCUUGUCUUGACAAUCAGUGGAGAUGUACAACGUGCUACUUUCAUCGAAGGCCUGACAAUUCCAAGUGUGGUCAGAAACAUUCAUGUGUCACCUGACGGCAUGACAAACAGCCUGAAAGUGAGCUGGACUCCUGGAGGUGGAGAUGUUGAUUCCUACACCGUCACUAUAUUUCAGCAAAACCGUCAGCUUGAUUCCCAGAGUGUCUUCAAGCACGUCUCUGAGCACACGUUUCACAAGUUGGAAGCUGGGGAACAGUACCGGGUGGUGGUGCAAUCUAACAGUGGCACCUUGCACAACAGCUUAGCAGCUUUUGGGAGAACAAUUCCAGCCUCUGUCCAGGAAUUAUUAGCCCAUCAUGCCUACAGCAGUCAUUCCUUGUUAGUAACCUGGCAGAAAGCUCCUGGUGUAGCUGAAAGAUAUGACAUUCUGCUCUUGAAUGAGCAAGGAAUCCUCCUGAGCAACAAAUCAGAGCCACCUACUGCCAAACAGCACAAAUUUGAAGAUUUAUUAGCCGGCAAGAAGUAUAAAAUACAAGUUUUGACAGUCAGUGGCGGGCUCUUGAGUAAACGAGCAGAAACUGUUGGUCGAACAGUUCCAGCAGCUGUCACAAAUCUGAAGGUCACAGAGAACACCACUGACCGACUGUCCUUCAGCUGGAACACCUCACAAGGGGAGUUUGAUUCGUAUGACAUCUUCCUAUACAACCCAGACAAGUCCCUUCAUGACAGGACUUCAGGAGAGCAGCACCUCCAGAACUGUUCAUUCCCGAACUUGCGGCAAGGCAGGAUGUAUCGAAUGGUGAUUGUGACCCGCAGUGGAGACCUCAUUAACGAGUCUUCUGUCUUCGGAAGAACAGUACCAGCCCCUGUUGUUGGUCUCAAGGCAUCCAACCGAAACAUGACAGACAGUCUGUGGUUCACCUGGGGUCCAGCAGCAGGAGAUGUUGACUUCUAUGAGCUGAAUCUUUACAACCCAAAUGGGACCCAGAAAGAAACAUGGCACAAGAAAGACCUGAAAGAAUGGCAUUUCCAGGGGCUCAUUCCUGGCAGAAAGUACAAUCUGGUUGUGGUGACUCACAGUGGUGACCUGACCAACACAGCGAAUGCUGAAGGAAGAACAGCACCCAGCCCUCCUAACACUGUGUCAUUUACUGAUGUGGCAAACACCUCUUUAUCAAUCACUUGGCUGGGUCCCCCAGACUGGACAGACUAUGACGAUUUUGAGUUGCGGUGGCUGCCAAAGGAUCCCCUCACAGUAUUCAAUCCCUACAGCAGCAGCAAAUCCAAAGUACGCAUCAUCCAUGGCCUGCGGCCAGGCAGACUCUACGAGUUCAGCAUCAGAACGGUCAGUGGUGACAGCUGGAAAACGUACAGUCAGCCACAGUCUGCAAGUGUUAGAACGAAACCAGACAAGAUACAAAGUCUUCAUUGCCGGCCCCAGACCUCUACUGCCAUUGCGUGUUCCUGGACUCCUCCUGAUUCAGACUUCGAUGGAUAUAGUGUCGAAUGCAAAAAAAUGGACACUCGUGAAGUGGAAUUUUCUAAAAGGAUAGAAAAAGACAAAGCUCUGCUUAAUAUCAUGACCCUUGUUCCCCAUAAGCGAUACCUGGUGUCCAUCAAGGUGCAUUCUGCAGACAUGACGAGUGAAGUAGUUGAAGACAGCACCAUCACAAUGAUCGACCGUCCCCCUCAGCCACCUCCAGACAUACGAGUGAACAAAAAAGAGGUGCUGAUCACCAAAUCCUCCAUCAACUUUACUUUCAAUUGCAGCUGGUUUAGUGAUACUAAUGGAGCUGUGAAGUACUUUACUGUGGUUGUCAGAGAGGCUGAUGGUAGUGAAGGACCAAAGCCUGAUGAGCAGCACCCAUUACCUUCCUAUCUGGAGUACAAACACAACGACUCUAUACGCAUCUACCAGACAAAUUAUUUUGCCAGCAGAUGUGCUGAAAACCCUGACAGUGACUAUAAAAGCUUUGACAUAAAGCUUGGAGGAGAAAUGGAAAAUUUGGGAGGCAGGUGUGAUCCAGAUCAGCAAAAGUUCUGCGAUGGACCUCUAAAGCCUCGGACUGCUUAUAGGAUCAGCAUACGGGCUUUUACCCAGCUCUUCAGUGAAGACCCAAAGGAACUCCCAACACCGCUCUUUGCAGACACCUUCUUCUCUUUACCGAUCACUACAGAGGCAGAGCCUCUGUUUGGAGUUAUUGAAGGUGUGAGUGCUGGCUUGUUUCUGAUUCUGAUGUUAGUGGCUGUUACUGCCUUAUUUGUCUGCAGACAAAAAGUUAGCAAUGGCCAUGAGAGACCUACAGCAAGGCUGAGCAUUCGCAGGGACAGGCCACUGUCAGUCCAUCUGAACUUGGGACAAAAAGGGAACCGGAAAACUUCCAGUCCGAUCAAAGUCAGUCACUUUGAAGCACACUUCAUCAAACUUCAAGCAGACUCCAACUACCUCCUGUCCAAGGAGUAUGAGGAUUUGAAAGACGUGGGUCGAAACCAGACAUGUGACAUAGCACUUCUUCCAGAGAACAGAGGGAAAAAUCGAUACAAUAACAUAUUGCCCUAUGAUACAUCAAGAGUGAAGCUUUCCAAUGUGGAUGAUGACCCUUGCUCGGACUACAUUAAUGCAAGCUACAUACCAGGCAAUAAUUUCCGCAGGGAAUACAUAGCAACUCAGGGCCCUUUGCCUGGCACCAAAGAUGAGUUCUGGAAGAUGGCAUGGGAACAAAAUGUUCACAAUAUUGUCAUGGUAACCCAGUGUGUUGAGAAGGGCCGGGUGAAGUGUGAUCACUACUGGCCCCUUGACCAGGAUUCCUUGUACUAUGGAGACCUGAUCGUUGAGAUGCUGUCUGAAUCAGUGCUCCCAGAAUGGACAAUACGAGAGUUUAAAAUCUGCAGUGAAGAACAGCUUGACUCAACGAGGCUCAUUCGUCACUUCCAUUACACUGUCUGGCCAGAUCAUGGUGUGCCAGAGACAACCCAGUCCCUGAUCCAGUUUGUCAGAACCGUAAGGGAUUAUAUCAACAGGACCCCAGACACAGGACCCACCAUCGUGCACUGCAGUGCUGGUGUUGGCAGGACUGGCACAUUCAUUGCACUGGACCGAAUUCUGCAGCAGCUGGAUUCAAAGGACACUGUCGACAUUUAUGCAGCAGUACAUGAUCUAAGGCUUCACCGGGUUCACAUGGUUCAGACAGAGUGUCAAUAUGUGUAUCUACAUCAAUGUGUGAGAGAUGUGUUAAGAGCCAGAAAACUUCGCAGUGAACAAGAAAAUCCCUUGUUUCCAAUAUAUGAAAAUGUGAAUCCAGAGUAUCACAGAGAUGCUGUUUAUUCAAGGCACUAAGAAUGUUACAGACAACUGCUUUUGUGACCACAUUUGUUAACUAGGGGUUUUGUUUGGGUUUUUUUAAUGUAUGUAUUUCAUGCACUAGAAAGGUGCCAGACCUUUCUGUUGAGACUGUGUAUAAUUUAUUGGUCUGGUGAUUUUUUUAAAAGAUACAUAAUUUAAGUGUAACAGAUAUUAAUGUAUAUAAUUGUAUUUUGGCAUUAUGUAAAUAUGUAUUUUUUUCUAUAUUGUUUAUAUUAAUAUUAAGCUUCAGAUAAUACUAUUUUUUUCUAAUCACAGUUUUUGUGAACUGUUCUACAUAAACUAUUUUAAUUUGUAUGGCUAACAGGACUGCUGCAUUUGGGGCAGGUUAUGUAUUGGCAUGUAACACACAGGAAAAUUCCUAUAAGAAAACCUCAUUUUUUUUGACUAGUUCAGUGUUUGUGAGAUGAAAUAAGCUACUAUUAAGCAAAAAGAACAGUAGUCCUAUAUAGGAAUUACAAUGCUACUCUAAACAUACUGCUUGAAAAUGGUUGUAGCCCAUAAGACAAUGACAUACCUUUUACAGAACUCAUUAACAGCCAGCCAAAACAGGGUCCACCUCACUAGAAGCAACUGUUUCAGUCUCAUGGGACGUAGCAGAAAAAUAUCAAACAACACACGCUGCCGUGAAGUCUAGCAGACCUUUGCCCCACACGCGUGGCUUUGAGGGGAGACAGGUCACAUUCUGAUUUCUUUGCACUGGUUUGAGAGAGCAGGAUCAGACCACAGGCUGUGUCUGUGCAGUUUCACUUACAUGCAAUUACAAUAAGAAAGGUGUUCAAGGAAACGCCUCGGACAUUCCUGUUAACGGAUAUGUAAGGAUGUGAAGCCUGGCAACUUCCAUAGCUCAUUAAAAACAACACUGCAUCAUGAUAGCUAAAAUAAUAGAGAAAUAAGGACAUAUGAAGUUAUAUAUCCCACAGUUCACACAACUGGCUUCAGCCUUAAGCUGCAUGCAACAGAGCUGCCUUGGCCCAAGCAUUGGUCUCCAUCGAAUGCCACUUGCUUUCACAAAGGGAAAGCGAAGCCCCAGCAUGUCCACAUGGAAAGACUCCUGCACUUCAAUAUUGCCUGAUGUCACCACCACAAGGGCAGCUGGAAUAGAAGAAGACUGGGGAUGUUGGCUGGCAGGGCUGUGCUAAUAAUCAGAUUACUCAAAGCAUUUUGUGAUUUGCAAGACAGAAUUGAAAAACACUCACCUGAUACAUUCUCCAGCCAAGCGGAUUAGGCACAUCCUCUCUCCUCUGCAAAGAGGUUCCUUAUUCAAGGAACUGAUCUGAACACUCGGUUCAGCUUUUCUUUGUCUUUAUAAAGUGCUCUUCACACAAAUAGAGAAUAGGCGGUGCAUAGUUCUCCUUUUAUAUGUCUAACCAUACUUUACCUAGAGAAACAGCCUGCUGCUGAAGACAAGUGCCUAAAUUCCACUUUUAUUUUGGAGAUAAAUAAGUAUUUCUGAAGGCCUUCAGAGAACUAGCCAAUACCCCUAAGUGCGGACCUGCUAUGGCCCUGAGCCAAGACUACUGUGAUUUCACCAUGGCUUACUGGAGCCACGCUCUCCUUGUGGCAGGAACACCUGCCUGAAGAUGGGCGAAAAAAUCUGCAAGGCAGCUCUGACGUAGUUUUCUUAAUCAUUCCAAAAGCAGGACCAGUGGGACAUCCAUGUCACUCUGUUUUUCCUAGGGAGAAUGAAACAGCUUGAUAAUCCUUCUUCCUUCCUACUCCAUCUGGAGUCUCAUCCUUCCCUGACCCAUUAUCCUCACGUGCCUCAGAAGCCACCCUUCAUAUCAGCUUUCACGGCUGCUCAGAACAUGUAAGCGUGGCUAACAUUUUAGGUAUCUCUGUAUGAAAAUACUGCUCAUUCCACUUGUGCAUCCUCUUUGGCCCCAGAUGAACCCCAAAAUUCUCUGCCCUCAGUGGGAUGUGAAGAGAACUAGCAUUAUAGUGGAAGGCAUUUGCACAGAGGGAAAGCUAAGCCAAACCACAAAGAAAUGUGCAAAUUUUCUGCAGGCCCCUUUUUUCUCUGUUUCCUUUGCUAGAUAAGAUUGUAGGUUAGCAAGCAAGGACAACCAAGCACAGCAGCUUUAGAUCAAUCAUUGACCUUGCUAAUAGCCACUGAAAUUAGGGCAUCAUGAAAAUUGUGAUUGUGUUACGUGCGCUGCAUUCAGUCCUUUCUUUUUGCAGCAGGAGCUGAGGAAUAAAGAUCACCAUGUUAGUUACUGGCAGUACAAUUACACUGUGAAGACGUACCAAAUGUACCCUAUAAAUUAUCUCACUCUAUGUAUUACUGUGUCGUUUUUUACGCUGAGGAAAAUGGAACUCAGUAAUAUAUGAUCUGAGGGCAAAAGUCUGAUUGUAUACUAUGUAUGCACAAUGUUCAUUAUUUUCAGAAAGACACACAUCAUUCUGCUCUUUCUUUUGACAUUGUUUCUCAGCUCUGUCCUCCGCACCUACAGAAUUCACAAAUCUGCACCCAAAAUGAUGAUGUUGUAGCAGAUGGCUAUUUUCUUUUCUCUCAGUUGAUAAUGGACACAGUUCAUAAGCCUGUUCCUCCUCAUCACUUAAUAACAUGACAGAUGACCUUAAACACGCUGGCACAACUCUCUUGAGCACCUUUACAUUUCCGCCUGGCCAGGUCACGCAUGAGACUGUACACACACAUUAUUGUUCUGGUUCUGCUUUCCAGACAAUUCCGGUCAUAUGAAACCAGUGUAAAUCCACUGAGAAUAGAUAAAAAGUAUCUAUGUAGCAUUUUGUUAAUAUAAGACACCUACUUAUCAGUAUAAUUGAUUAUAUUUACUGUGCCUCUAAGCUGAAUAACAGGACUGAUGGGAAAUGUUUAAUGUAACCAAAAUGAACUUGAAGGAGCCCAUGUACUGAACAAAGCGAGCUCUUAAGGAAAAAGACACCCUCCGCUGAAGAGGAUGUUUCUCUUUUGAAUGUCCACGAAUGAUGUUCAGAAUUGCCUUCUUAAUGUUUCCCAAUAAUAAUGUUAUAAAGCAAGGCUAGUGUCAUUGCUGAUCCAUAAGCUAAGAUUUGCACACUUGGAGCCCAGUCCUGUGAACCUCUGCAUUGUCCACAAAGCUACCUGAGUACUUUUGUGAAAGUCAACUGGAAUACUUGCCUGAAGAAUGUCAUUCCACUUCUGAAGCACUUGCAGGGUUGGGCUUUUAGGUUAGUUCAAAUUUUUGUAUUGAAAGUUAUUUAAUAAUGAAAAAAUUGUGAGAAAUGUUUUUUUUAAUCUGUGCAAUACAAUUACAAGAUCCACUACCGAUUGUAGAAAAAAAAAAAAAAAAAAGAAAAAAAAAAGAUUUUGCAUAGCUGGAGUUGAUAAAUGAUAUUUUUUGUUACUAGUGGAACACAAAAGUGGGUGAGAGAAAUAGGCAUACUGUGAAGAUGUCAUAAAAGUGCAACUUUAUACAUUUUUCUCUGCUGCUAUAAUUAUUUAUACAGCUUAUAUACGUGCCUAAAAUUGCCAGAAAUAUUAUUUUAUGCCAUGAUAUACUAUGAAUUUCCCUUCAGUUGUAGAACAGAGAAAAGAAAAUGUGUGAGCAUUCAGUUUAUAUUUUGUAUUGUAUAUGUUUAUUUACGCUUUGACUUUGAAAGCAAAAAGUUAAAUACUAGAUGGAUAGGAGUACGUGAGCACUUAGCCGUGCUCCUCAGCCUGGGAGUUCCUUUAUACAAUAUAUAUGAAGAACAAUAACCAUCUAAUCGCUAUAUCAGCAUAUCCCCCCAGGGCCACAGGUGGGAGAAACACGCCUGAUGUUCAGAGAUAGAACCCGCUGCAGCUUCACUGCCAAGGAGUGGCAUGGCAGGUGCAUUGCAUUUUAUUCUGAAUACUUUCCAUACUUCAGAUGUACAGUCUGCGUGAACAAAGCGCACUAUAAAACAAAACCCCUUCCCUGGUGGCCCGGUCGCAGACAUUCAGGCUGUGGAGCUGUGGGCGCUGGGACCUCUAGUCCCAAGAGGCUGCGGCUUUGAAUAGAAGGUGGGUGCGCAACCCCAUACUUGGGCAGCUCACCGUGCCCUCGGCUCUUUCUCACAGGCUGACAAAGUCAAAACUCCCGACCACUAUGGCCAAAGCAAACUGGUCUGUUAGCAGUGACCUCGCAGAUCAGCAGCUGGUUCAGGCUGGGAUUUGGUUUUUAAGACUGGAGGGAAAUACUGGACACCAUGGUUAACUAGGGUUAGCAGUUGGACUCAGUGGUCUUGAGGGUCUCUCCCAACCAAAAUGAUUCUAUGAUUGUAUGACUAGCUAAGUUUAGGAAAUACUGUGGAAUUUGGGCACGUUCAGUGUCAGUGAUGCUGUUAGAUGUGCAUGAUGAUUUGGUUAUUUUUUGGUUUAUUUGAAAGCUACCAAAAUACUGUAAGUAAUGUCAAGUAGCUAAAUAUGUAUUGCUCUACAGCAGGGCAGUAUCUUACAGUGAAAACCCACAAUUUUGAAAUGUCGCUAGCCAUAAACUCUUUGCCAGUGCCUGGAGUAAAGUGUCUGAAAAACAUCUUCAGCACAUAUUCCUUUCACAUAUGCUAUAUAAUUACUUAUAUUUGUGUUCCUAACAAACACUGGGUGAACACAGAAUUGUGCCACUAUUGUCAAUUUAAUUUAUGCAUUUAAGUAUAUUUUUAUAUUUUUAGCUACAGUCAACAAAUCAAAUAUAUUUGAGCAUAUUUUACACAUUUUUCUAAAUAGUUCAUGAAUAAAACAUUAAAAGAAAUCA